GCUGAUGAAGGCGUAGUGAAUAGUGAACCGGACGCCUCUGGCAACAUAUUAAAGGCGGCGGCUGUAGAUCGGCCCAUGAUCAAAGACGGAGAAACCAUACGAGGACUAAUCCAUGACCACCACUCACUACACUCCGAGCCCACGACGAGUAUAAAUGGCCACGGAUACGCAGGCACACACCAUAA